AUGUCCAACCAAAUUCCCGCAGGCAAGACAUGGUUUGACACCCACAAAGUGCACUUUGAAGGCGUGCCGGUGUCCGCCGACCAUGGGGUUUCCACCAGCGAGUUCCUCGAUGCCUCCGAGGCCACAACCACGCUCUUUGAUCUACUUGGCUCGGUCGCCUUCACCCCAGUGAAGAACGACAUGACCGGCAACAUUGCGAAGGUCCGCGAAAGGCAGAAGGCCGCUCCAGACACCGCCGUCACGCUGCAGUCCCUGGUCAAGGCCGAGCUGGCUUCAAAAUCACACAAGGCGACUGAGGGUCUACUGUGGCUGGUGCGAGGUCUUGACUUCACUGCCCAAGCUUUGAGAUCUGAUCUGACUUCUAAUGCUACCAUAUCGGCCACUGAGGCGAAGCCAAGUAAGGAGUUGGCUGAUGGUUUCAGGACCAGCUACAAGAAUACAUUGGCUCCCCAUCACAGUUUUCUGAUCAAGCCGGUCUUCAGUGCUGCUAUGAGUGCGACCCCCUACAGAAAGGAUUUCUAUGCUCGACUUGGCGGUGAGGGCACCGAUCCAGAGGCAACGAAACAGGCUUUGGAGAAAUGGGUUAGUGCUUUGGAAGAGAGGGUGGCUAUCUUGAAGACUUUCUUGGCAAGCAAGGAUGCUAAAUGGUAG